CUAGGAAUAUUCCUACAAAGUGAAAAAGAGGUAUGUUGUAGAAUAUUCCAAGAAAUAUUCAUGGGAUAUUCUCAAAACAUUUACGAAUAUUCAUAGUAUCAUUCAAGAGAAUAUGCAUAGAAUGUUUCAUGAUAAUGUUCUAGGAAUAUUCCUACAAAGUGCAGAAGAGGUAUGUUGUAGAAUAUUCCAAGGAAUAUUCAUGGGAUAUUCUUAAAACACUACGAAUAUUCAUAGAAUGAUUCAGGAGGAAUAUACAUAGAAUGAUUCAAGAUAAUUUUCCAAUCGCAUUCUCUGGCGUGGUGUUUUGUGUUUUGACAAAAUGGUGAAACUUGAUGAUUGCGCGUUUUCGGAAACUUACUCGGGUUCACUGGAUCCCUAAUCUUUGUUUACUUUUAGAAGGUAAAAUAAUGGUUACGAGUGAACCAGAGUAAGUUUCCGAAAACGCGGAAUCAUCAAGUUUCUCGUUUCACCAUUUGGUAAAAACGCAAAUGCUAACACAACGCACAAAGCGUAUGUUGUAUGUUCUGUGGCACAAAGUUAACUUUGUGCGUUGUGUUAGGUUAGGUUAAUGCAGAACGCAGAUCUUCAACUCGGGUUCGUAAACUGUGAAUGUGAAAUAUAAAUAUUGUUGCUGGUUCAUAUGCAUAUAAGUAGUUUUUGUUCACUUCAUUAUCAUGAAUGCUUGGAGAGUGGUCCAUUUUCUAAAGGAGGAUACAGUAGAAGCGGUACCAGUCUCCUGGUUGAGAGGCUCCAACCAAUGUCACUGGCCUCCCUUCAAUAGGCUGAAGCUCAAGACAGCGAUCAAUAAAUGUAUGCCACCUUCUUCAAACUGGGACGUACAUGAAACACGAGUAAUUGGGGAAAUAUAUGGAGAUUUAUCUGUUGCCCGAAUGAAGGCUCUAGAAGCGGAGAGUACCUCUGAUUUGAAUUCUGAUUCUGAUCUAUUAGGGUUGGGACAUAGAAAAAUCAGAAUGAAUAAAAAAUAUCAGGAUUCUGAAUCAUCAGAACAAGACAAAGAGGAUAGUCUAUCACCAGAAGCAUCUAAAAUUAUGAUGCCUACCCUCAAAAGAAGAGAGGAAAAAACAUCUGUUUCUAUAUCUGAUUUUGGUAUUUCUUCAGUGGCCCCUUCAGAUGAUGAUUUAGGAUUUGAGUCAUACGUAGGCUCUGAUAAUGCAGGUGAAGCAUCUAAAAUUGUGAUGUCUACCCUUAAAAGAAGGGAUAAAGAAAGCGCUGUGUACCCUUAUUCAGAUGAUGAUUUAGGGAUUGAGUCAAACGUCCCAGGAUUUGAUAAUGCAGGAAAUCCACUUAGAAUUGUCCCAGGAAAUCCAGACAGAAAUGAGGCAGAAUGUACAGCAACAGAGAUCGAAGGGAGCUACUACAAUAGACAGUAUUACUUGAAAGAUGAGCAGUUUAAGCGGCAAGUACUGCGAAAUCUGUCCAUUUUAAAUUUUAAACUGGAUCAGUUGGCUGAUGAUAUAGGUAGAUUAGCGCUUAAAGAAAAUACUGUAACAACAAACCUUCCUCCAUCAGUAUUUUCAAAAUUCAAUUUUCCAUUAGCAACUGAGGAAGAACUGCACAAUUUUGAGAGUCACUUGGCAGACAGAGAGAAGUACCAGCAAGUGCAAUUGGAAUUAUCAAGAAUUGGUGGUGGUACCACCAAAAUUAUGGUACGACGUUUAAUGGAGAAGCUUAUAAGCAGUCAACUUGGUGUUGAGUACAGUUGGAUAGGAUUUAAGAAAAAAAAGAACUUCUCAGUUUUACUCAUAUCCAAAGUACUCAUAGAUGCUGUAUUGGCUGUGCAUAAAAAUUCAAAUGCAGCGGAAGUGGAAGCAUCAGCCAAACAAUGGCUGGUUAAGUGUAAGGAGCGAUGCACCAAAGAAAAAUAAUUUAUAUUAUUAUAAGAAUAUUAU